AUGCGCCGCCACUGCUUCGCCGUCGCCGCCCACGCACCACCUCACCAGGGGCGCCUCGACCUGUUGGUAAUGGAAAUUGGACUGGGAUUGACGGGGUUUGGAGUAUUUUUUUCAUUCUUGGGCAUCAUUUUCUUCUUUGACAAGGGGCUGCUUGCCAUGGGAAAUAUACUCUUCAUCUCAGGGGUGGCAUUGACCAUUGGACUCAAGUCAUCUGCACAAUUCUUCAUGAAACGAUCCAAUUUCAAGGGAACAAUUUCAUUUGGUAUUGGCUUCUUCUUGGUUGUCAUUGGAUGGCCUAUAAUGGGAAUGAUUCUUGAGGCAUAUGGAUUUGUUGAGGAUUUUUUUUUUUUUUUUUUUUUUUUUAAAUUGAAAUAA